UGUGGUGUAUGAACGCGCCUGCGAGCGCGACACGCCAGUGUGACAUCGUCAGUAAUAAACCGGCCUUCGUCUUGUCAAGUUCACUGUGUUUUAUUGCUAUAGUUUGCUACCUACCUCAUAUAUAUCAUCUGGCGACGAAUUGACGACCCGCGCAAAUAAAAUGUCGAAUUUCAUUGGAAACAUCGGUAUUUUCGAUUGUAAAAUGCAGGAUUGGAAGAUUUUCGAAAGUAGAUUGCAACAAUUCAUCAAAUUAAAUAGUGUGAAGGACGAUAGCAAAUGUGCAGUGCUACUGACGCAUCUCAAUGAUGAGUCUUAUCGCCUGGCGCGGAACCUUGUAUAUCCGCGCGAACUGGAGGCGGUCACGUACGAUGAGCUGGUGAAGGCGCUCAGCGACCACUUCACGCCGAGGAGGUCUACCUUCGCCGACCGGGCGAAGUUUUACGACGCAACGAGGGGCGAGUACGAGUCUGCCGAGUCAUGGGCGGCGCGGCUGAGGGGCCUCGCGAUAAACUGUGAGUUCGGCACCGAGCUCGACACUCUGUUACGUGAUAAGUUCGUGCUGGGCAUGAAUGUGGGUGCUGAGCGAGACCGUCUAUUCGAGAUGGACGCGAAGACCCUGACGCUCUCAAAGGCGUUGGAGGUGGCUCAGCAGGCAGCCAGCGCGCGACAGGCGCGCGCCGCGAUGGUGAAGGAGGAGCCGGUGUUCCGCAGCAGCAGCACGGCAGCGGGCAGCAGCGGGCGGCGAGGCGGCGCGGCGCGAGCGGGCGACGCGGCGCGAGCUGGCGGCGCGGCUUCCGCCGUCGCGAGGGACGAUGGCGAGCCGCGCUGCUCGAUAUGUGGGUUGAAAAACCAUAACGUAUACAGGUGCCGAUACCGUAAUUAUCGAUGUGAAGUGUGUGGUGUGAAAGGCCACUUAAAAAAAGUGUGCAAAAAUAAAGGUACGCGUUCUGGUCUGCACAAACUGGACACUGAACCAGAGGCUUCUCAGGAAAGUGAGUGCGACGAGUGUAAAGAAUGUGCGGUUUUUAACCUAAGGUACGUUUCAUACCAACCAAUUAAGCUAAAUGUCUCAGUUAACGGUUCAUUAUUGUCAAUGGAAUUGGAUUCGGGCUCAGGAACCACAGUAAUUUCUGACAAACUAUAUUAUAAUCACUUCUCAGGGUUCCCACUCCAAAAAAGUAAUGUAAAAAUGUGUCUUUACAACGGCCAUAAAAUCACGCCCUUGGGUUAUUUUGAGACAACAGUGUUAUAUUCGGGUAUUUCAAAAUUAAUACGAUUUUUCGUUGUGCAAAAUGGUGGUCCGCCGUUGUUAGGGCGCGACUUUAUGGCUGAGUUCAAUGUGAAUUUUACAGUAGGUAAUAAUAAUGUUACUGUAGAACAGCAAUGUAUAGGAGAAGUGCCCCAGUUAAUCGAUGAAUAUAAAGAGCUAUGGUCGGAAGGGUUAGGGCGAUUUAAUAAAUUUAAAGUAGAUUUUAAACUUAUAGAAGGAGCGGAGCCAAAGUUUUUUAAACCUAGACCAGUUCCAUUUGCUUUGAAACCAAAAGUGGAUGAAGAGAUCAACAGAUUAGUAGGUUUAGGUAUUUUAGUACCAGUUGACUUUUCGAGAUAUGGCACGCCAAUCAUACCAGUUCUUAAGGAGAACGGAAAAGUUAAGAUCGCUGGUGAUUUUUCAGUUACUCUGAACAAAGAUAUUUAUGUAGAAAAACACCCGAUGCCUCGAAUAGAGGACAUAUUUUCAACCUUAAGGGGUGGGGAGCAUUACACAAAAAUCGACUUAAGCAACGCAUUUAACCAAUUUGAGCUAUCAGAAAAGUCUCAGGAGCUCACAACCAUUAGCACCACCAAAGGACUAUUUAAAUAUACUCGUAUGGUCUAUGGUCUUGCAAACGCUCCAGCUAUAUUCCAAAAAUCCAUGGAAUCCCUCAUGGCAGGGCUGGACGGAGUAACCAUUUGGUUAGAUGAUAUCUGUGUCACUGGUCCAAAUAAAGAUACACAUUUGAAAAGAUUACGCGAAGUAUUUAAGCGGCUUCGUGACUCGGGGUUAAAACUACAAAAAGAGAAAUGUGCAUUCUUCCAGAAAAGUGUAACGUACUUAGGAUAUGUCAUAGAUAAACAUGGCAUAAGACCAUGUCCCAAAAAAGUUGAGGCCAUCGCUAAAGCGCCCUGUCCAACAAACGUUUCUGAAGUUAAACGAUUUUUAGGUGUCGUUAAUUAUUAUCGUAGCUUCGUCCCACAAGCUUCCAGCCUGUUAAGCCCUUUGCACGAAUUAUUACGCGACGGUGCAGAGUGGGAAUGGACACAUCGUCAUCAGAACGCAUUUGCGUCCAUGAAAGAAGAAUUAACUUCUGAACGUAUCCUAGCGCACUGGGACCCAACCGCUCAGCUCGUGCUGACGGUGGACGCGAGUCCUACCGGGCUCGGCGGCGUAUUGUCUCAGAUCGCGUCCGAUGGCGAGGAACGACCGCUUGCGUACGCUUCAAGGUCACUGUCUACAAGCGAAAAAAACUAUAGCCAGAUACAAAAAGAAGCUACGGCUAUAGUUUUCGGUGUAAAGAAAUUCCACCAAUAUUUAUAUGGUAGACAGGAACCGUUCAUUUUAAAAACUGACCAUCGGCCGCUCUUAUCAAUAUUUGGAAAAAAGAACGGCAUAUCAGUUAUGGCAGCAUCGCGCUUGCAAAGGUAUGCGAUAUUCUUAUCAGCAUAUAAUUAUACUGUGCAAUUCAUCAGUAGUGAAAAUAACGUUGUAGCUGAUUUUUUUUCACGCGCACCGAUACCGGAAAUUAAUUCUAAAUGUAAGAGUGACGUCACCGCGAAAGAUGACGACUUGUCUUUUCUCAAAUUCUUGGACGCAAACAUAGCUCCAGUUUCAUUUCGGGAGAUAAAACAAGCCAUGGAACGGGACAAAUUAUUACAGACGGUAAUUAGGUAUGUAAACCAUGGGUGGCCACGAAAAAUUUCAUGUAAAUCGACAUUACCAUAUUUUCAAUGCAAAGCCGAUCUAGAAGUAGGAAAUGUUUCGUCACCGCAUGCUACAAGAACUACAUACGGGUCAUUUUGGCAUAGUAAAAUGUAAGAGUGCGGCACGUAGUCGGUUUUGGUGGCCCUCAAUAGAUAAGGAUAUAGAAGCAUGGGUGGGGGCGUGUCCGCAGUGCGCGAGUGUGCGCAGCGCGCCGCCCCGAGCGACUCCCGCGCCGUGGCCGCGUGAAUCGUCUCCUUGGCAACGUUUGCACAUUGAUUAUUUAACAUUUAACUCCAAUACUUACCUAGUAGUUGUAGAUGCGUAUAGCAAAUGGCUAGAAUGUUUAUCGAUGGACGGGGGCACUUCCACUAAUGCACUUAUAAAUAAAUUGAAAGAAAUAUUUAGUCGGUACGGCAUGCCAAAAACCAUUGUAUCAGAUAAUGAUGUAAAGAUAAAAUCCGCUGAAUUUCAAAAUUUUUGUACUAACAACGGCAUCCGACAUGUAACUUCACCUAUUUACCAUCCGUGCAGCAAUGGCCAAGCUGAAAACUCAGUGAGAACUUGUAAGAAAAUGUUACAAUGUGUCCUGAUAGAAAAUUUCAAUUGUACUAAAGCUAAUUUACAUGAUAAGCUGUUGGGAUUCUUAUUUGAUUACCGGAAUAAGACUCACUGUGCGACGGGCAGUUCACCCGCUAAGUUGAUGUUGGGCCGAGAGUUACGGUCAAGGUUAGAUCUUGUUUUGCCCGAUUACGAAUCGAAAUCAACUCACAGCCUGAUAAGUUGUUCAAGGGAGUUGAAGGUAGGUGAAACCGUGUGGCUAAGAUGGUAUGUUGCAAGAAAAGGAACUUGGACAUUAGGAAAAAUAUUAGGUAUAUUAGGUAACCGAAUGUUUACAGUGUUAGCCAUAGAUUAUAAUGAACAAUGUAAGCGUCAUAUUGACCAACUUAGAAAGUACACCGGUUCUACCAUGGCUCAUAAUCAGGAUACCGCAGACGUAGGAGGCCACAACGAUGUAGGCUUAUCACUACCACUGCCUCCAACAUCAACUGAGAUUAGGUCACCUUCUCACUCUUCAGCCCAAACUGUAAAUGUGUUGCCACAAGACACGGUUGAAAGUAACGAUUUAGAAGGGGAAGAGGACCAUUGGGCAGAGGCUCAGGAGGUUGUAACUGAUGCCACGCCACUGCCUGAGCCCACGGUAGACUCGGCGAUCCAGCCACCAACAGCCACGCCGGAACACGACACACCCGGUGAUGACGGUUUGUUGUUGGAUCGUGAUAGGCCAUUGCGUAAGUGUAGGUUAAGAAAAGUUAAUUAUAAGAUAUAGUUUAUUAUUAGAACUAAUUAAACAUAAUAUGGUUAAACUUACUUAUAUUACUUACUAAUAAUAUAUUGAUGUUGUUAUUAGGGUUUCUGAAUAAGGAGGAAGGAGUGUGGUGUAUGAACGCGCCUGCGAGCGCGACACGCCAGUGUGACAUCGUCAGUAAUAAACCGGCCUUCGUCUUGUCAA